AUGUUCUCCAGAUUUUCUGAAACAGCAAAGAAUAGUCCAUUGUCGAACCCGUUCAGCGUAGCACAAUGCUCAUCAGAAACAACUCCGGUGACUAGGCGUAGCAGAAUCAUGGCGGCACCUAAUACCGGUACGUUCGAAGCCGGCUUUUCUGAUUUAAGAUCUUGUGUGUGGUUCACGAUUUCUCUUGCACUUCUUUCACUUUAGAUUUUAUACCAUUUUUUACCUGUUUGAUAUACUUUGCAGAAACUGAGUAGUAACUGAGCGUGUAAAUGCCUGUGUGUUUUAGGAGUUUUUAAAUCACUCUGUUAGAUAUUAAGCUUGAGCGAUCACAGCUCUCAGUGAAUAUAUAUGAAGUUCAUUGAUGUAGUGUUUUAAUAUUUAACCCAUUGUUCUGAAUAUUGUGAUAAUAUUCUGGCCAGUCUUGGGCAACAGUCCAGUUAAAAAUCAACUUCAAAAUGUUCUACCAAAAAAUGACGGAACUUCUGCUUGCGAGUGUAUGUAUGUUUAAAUUGAAUUAUAUUUGUACAUUACAACAUUACGCAGGCAAUAGGAAAGGUUACGUCCGAACAGGUUUGACGUAGUUCAUCUACUUGAGUUCAUUUGCCAGUUAUGUGAUAUUACACAUAGACUUCACCUUCAGCAUGGCGUUUGUAUGUGGCCUGGAUAACUGCAAAUUACGCCUUACUUUGUGCAACUUUGUGUGCGUUAAAGUUAAUUUGUUAACUUACAAUUUCUCCUUGCGAAAUUCCAAUUUGUGAUUUUUUUUCAUAUAUCAUCAGUGCUAUUACCACCAAAUUGUGAUUUAUUCACAUGCAACCUUUUGGCCCUUUUCUAUGGUAUUGUUUGAAUUAGGUGUAAAAACAUGCAAGAUGUUUCUCUGGUUGAUAUUAAGGGGGAACAAAACUAGACAAAAAAACUAAGAGAUCAAUCAAUUGUUGUGGAACCUUGUGUAUUAUUUAAUACUCACCAGUUCUUACACCUGUUGUUCGAAAAUAUCUUCCUUACUUCCAGGUCUGAUGCCAGUUGUCCAGUUUCUUUAACUGAACCAAAAAACUUGCAUUAUGAAAACUUUAACUGACACAUUUCUGAUAUUUUAAGUAGAGUAAGCAAAUAUUAUGAGAAAAAAUGUACCUUCUCCAAACUGUAGACUUUAAAAAGUAGAAUAUUUUAGGGAGGGUUGUACUGGAACUCUCAGGGAUGCCUUCAGAAGUUUUGAGCAUCUCUAUAAAAAUGUUUGACUAGGUCCUCUACAAAAACUCCUGAGACUCUUCAGACAAAAACAUGUUCCUUCUGAUUGAGAAAAUAUUGCCAAGUGAAGUGUAUUAUUUUUUCAGAUCUGUUUAUCUGGGCUGAUUAGUUAUUAUCUUGUAUAAAUUAAUCCUUUACACCUGAACAUCUUAAUGUAUAUUCUUCCUGUAUACCAGGACGUGAAAUUGAUUUUUUUUUUCUGAUAGCUACUUGGCUCCUAAAUUUUUCAAAGUGGUAGCCAAUUCAAAAAUAGUUUAAAGAUAAACGAAACCCUUUUUUUUUUACACUGUCAGCGUUCUAGAUAGACCCUCCAAAAUUAAGUUCUACAAAGUUCUACAAAGUGGACACUAGGAUGGAUGAUAUACAACAUUAAAGCUCAACUAAAUCCAAGAUGGCAUCUAGUCAUCGAUCGAGAUGCAUGUGCCGCGUUUUGGAAACAAACUUAAGGAGGAAGUUUGCCGCGGAUUUAUCUUUGCAAAUCUUUUUAAUUCACUAUUUCUCUAGGUGUGGUUAUCAUGAAGCAUUCUAGUCGCCAAUUUGGUGACUACUUUUGAGGAUUUGGUCACCAAAAUGAAAAAUUUAGUCACAUUGGCACCUGUAUUAGGCGCAAUUUCACGCCCUGUAUACUGUUCUCUAUACAGUUCUUAAGCUGCUACCAAGGAUGAAUUUUUUUUGAUAAUUAAGAGCUUUUUUAGUGGAUGAUCAUUUCCUUCAUUCUCGCAACCUUAAUGCUAGAUUCAGGGCUGACAUUGAAAGGAGAAAUCAGAUGCAUAAAUAAGUUGUAUGUUCUCUGCUUGUUCCAUCUAGGUGAGUCAUACAGUUGCGAGUUUGGAAGUGCAACAUACUAUGCAUAUUGUGGAUUUGGUGGCAUUCUUAGUUGCGGUAUCACACAUACAGCUGUUGUGCCUCUUGAUUUGGUCAAAUGCAGAAUUCAGGUAACUUUUCAGGCAUUGGUUAACCCUUUAAUUCCCAAGAUCAGAUUAUUAAUUCUCCCCUCCAGCUGCUACACAUUUUUCUUUAAAUUAGUAAUAAGAAUUUGGUGUUAGAUCAAGAUGACAACUUCUACCUGAUAAGUUUGAAUAUUCUCAUCACCUAUUUGUUAGAUAGCAUAUGGAUAUAUCAGGGAGAAUUUAAAUGUUAAUCACUUCUGGGAGUUAAAGGGUUUAGAAGAUGGGUGACUUAGCCAGGACCAUGUCACAUGAACAAGUUCACUCUGUACCUGAAACAAUUUUAAAGUUAAACUCUUGAAAUACUGUAAUUUGCAUGAAAUUUAGUUAAUUUUACCAUUCUCAAGAUGGCCUUACAUAUUGGGUUUUAGACAAAUUGUAAGCUUUUGUAAAUGUAUUAACGCAUUGGAUCUUUAAGAAAUGACCCCAAAAGCUUUACAGCUUCAACAAUUAUUGUUUGGAAAAAAAGGAUCUGAUUGUUUGACACAAAUUGAAGCACGCAGCAUAUAAAACAUAUCCUAUAUUCUACUUCAUUUGAAUGAUGAAGAAUUUAGUCGAGAUAAAGCUCAAUGGAAACUGCAAAAUGUUGGCAUCUUCCUCCAGACAGAACCCGAUGAAACUUGACAUGUUGUGGAAGAUAGAGACGUAGCAUGGUGCUCAAGGCCUAAUCAUGUGUCUUUUGUCUUCUAAAAUAUAUAUAAUAAUCUUUACUUAUUCAAAUUUUUAUUUUUAAUGUUUUUAUUAGGUUGACCCAGCUAAGUAUAAAAACAUUGUAAAUGGCUUCAAACUAACAAUAAAGGAAGAUGGUACUCGAGGACUGGCCAAGGGAUGGGCUCCAACAGCCAUUGGAUAUUCUAUGCAGGGGCUGUGCAAGUUCGGCUUUUAUGAAGUGUUUAAGAUUCUCUACAGUAACAUGAUUGGAGAGGUAUGUAUAGAAUUUCAAUUUCCAUGGGAGUUGCUGUAUUUCCUCUAAGAAAGAGCUUUCCCCCAUGUUUAGUAUUUCCUCUAAGUUGGGCUUUUUUCAAAGUUUUUAAGAUUCUUUAUAGUAACAUGAUUGGAGAGGUAUGUACAGACAUGAAAUUUCCAUGCAAGUUACGAUAUUCCCUCCAAGAAUUAUCCUCCCCCAAAUAUUGGCCCAGUCCCCUGGGCCAUUAAAUCAAACAGUUCCCCUUUCCCCUUCUCCUUCCUCCCUCCAGGGCGUGAAAUUGCGCCUAAUACAGGCACCAAUGCGACUAAAUUUUUCACUUUGGCGACCAAAUCCUGGAAAUUAGUCGCCAAAUUGGCGACUAGAAUGUUUCAUCAUAACCUUACCAAGAGAUAAAGUGAAUUAAAAAGAUUUGCAAAGAUAAAUCUGCGGCGAACUUCCUCGUUAAGUUUGUUUCCAAAACGCAACACAUGCAUCUCGAUCGAUAACUAGACACCAUCUUGGAUUUAGGUGAGCUUUAAUGUUGUAUAUUGUCCAUCCUAGUGUCCACUUUGUAGUAUGUUAAAGAUCUUUUCCUAAAUUUAAUUUUGGAGGGUCUAUCUAGAACGCGGACAGCUUAUAAAAAGGUUUUGUUUGUCUUUGAAAAUGGCGACCAACUUUGUUCCACUUGGCUACCACUUUGAAGAAUUUAGGAGCCAAGUGGCUAUUGGAAAAAAAAAUUGAUUUCACGCCCUGCCCUCUCUUUCUCUAAAAAAUUGGGUUCAAGGAAAACCUGUUUCUAUUUCCACUUGAUAUAUGUGGUAUAUAAGUUUUUGAGCUUCAUCCGUGGGUGAAUCAGUACAGGUAAAUAGUUGGUUAAUAAACACCCUUCUCCCAAUGUAUGCUCCUCCUUUAGCAGAAUAAUUGAAUAAGCACCUGGGGCUUGUUUGAGGAAAUAUGGUACACUGAUUUUUGGUUAGAAAAUAUUGAGAUUCUAGGCUGUCUUCUCUUGGGGUGUUGUAUCUAAGAAAAUCAUUGUAUCUAAGUCAAAGCUCAAGAAGUAACUCCAUGCACUCUGAAAGAUUUUUUGUGCAGGAUCCCAGAAUUGCCCAAACAGACUUGAUAGUGUGUGAUGUAUGCUGCAUGUUACGACUUACUUCCUAACUACAGUUCUAAUCUAAAUCUUAUGUUGCAAGAUCAGUAAUGUUUAUUGCAAAAAGAAAGGCAUCAAAAUAUUUACUUCUUGUUAGGGGGAGCAAAUCAAGUCAGGAUGCUGCCUUAUAUUUAAAAAAUGAAAAAAAAAAGGAGUUUUACAGAAAUAGUGCAGAAGUCAUUUUUAAUUUAUUCCUUCUGCCUCAGGAAAAUUCAUACCUCUUCCGAACCUCUCUGUACCUUGCUGCAUCAGCUAGUGCAGAGUUCUUUGCAGACAUUGCUUUGGCUCCAAUGGAAGCUGUGAAGGUUCGUAUCCAGACACAGCCAGGCUGGGCCAACACCCUGCGAGAGGGAGCACCUAAACUGAUGGCUGAGGAGGGAAUCAGGGGGUAGGUAGAUUCAUGUAAUGGCAUGUUGCUGAGGGAUGUUUUAGAUCGGGGAACUUUGUCACGUGCAAGUUUUAUGGUAAUGGUAGAGCAAUUUUCAAUUUAGUAUCAGACCUAAGCAAAGACUGCUUUCAGAGUAUAUGCUUGGUAGCAUAUCUAUGUUUUGGGCCCAGACUGUGAGUCAUUUUAGUGUAAGCAAGGGUCAAAAUGGCUCUGAAAAGGAUGUGAAACAUAUUUAUGCAUUAGAACUUUAACUGUAUUACUAUUAUUAUUACUUUGAAGGGCAGUAACAAAAUAAAAACUGAGAAAAUGCCAUCACUGUAGUCCUACCAAUCAUGCAAGACUGCAAGUGGGUUAAAUAGAUAUAGCCCAAAUCCUCCAUUGUAGCCUACAAAAUGUACCACAAUGCCAGAUUUAGUAAUAAUGUUGAAGGUUAUUACAAACAGCGUUCUUACAAUGUUGAAUUUUUUUUGUCAUCAGCUUUUACAAAGGCCUCCCCCCUUUGUGGAUGAGGCAGAUUCCAUACACCAUGAUGAAGUUCGCUUGUUUUGAGCGCACUGUGGAAUUUUUGUACAAAAAUGUUGUACCCAAGCCAAGGUAAGCCUUGCUGAAAAUUUGAUUUGUAACCAGCACUCAUGGAUAAACAUUACGCAGACAUUCCAUGAUUAAAUUGUCCAGGUCAGGCUUAUAGCACUGCUGAGACUAGUUUUGAAGCAUUAUUGGUUAUUUAUUUGUGACAUUCAGACAGGCUGGCCCAAUUCAUUUACAAAGCUGGUUUAAAUGGGGGCCUUUAUUAACAACAACAAGGCCAGACCCCAACACCAAGAGCUACAUUCCCUGCUCUUUGUGAUAAGUAUGUGGGUUCUUUAACAUCACCUGCUAACCAUUACAAAGAGGAUGCAGGAGAUGGAGCCUACAGUUUGUCAUCCUUAUCCUAGAAGACUAGAAUGUCUAACAAUUUGCAGGUGUUGUGACAAAGGCAGCACAUUUUCCUCAGUUAUUUUAAGACCCUGAGUGUUGAUCUUGUUUGGGGCUUGAACCCUUGACCUCCCAUACAGCAGUCAGGUGCUCUACAACAUGAGCUAACCAAUCACUGUUGUAGACAAGGGUGUCUCUCUUUUCCCCCCUUCCAGAUUUUAUGCUUUGGAUGGUAUUCACUGAGCUUCCCUGACAGUCUACUGGGAUCCAUUUAUGUUCUUGAUUGAAGAAAGGCAUUGUGUAAGUGAAUUGCUCAAGAACAGCACAAUGACCCAGCUAGGGCCUGGUGCCCAAACUUCUUGAACCAUACUAUGGUGUGGUAACAUAAAGGCCACUACUUUUCUAAACAGAUUUGAUAAACGCUGCUAAAGAAUUCCAUGUUUCUUUGAAGAAGCACCCAUGCACUAAUAAGGGCCCUCCCACAAAUAAGUGCUCGACCCCUAGUCCAUAAUGUCAAACAAGCACCCCCCCCUUACUUUCUUAAAUAGUUGUGAUGAAAGGGAAACUUGUUUCUUUGUUAUUUUAUUUAUUACUUUUAAGCUUCAACUAUAGUGGGAUCAGUACAGGUGAAAAAUAAGCACCCUUCUUGAUUCAACACCCUCUUUCCGAUAAGUGCCCCUCUUUUUAGUAGAAAUUGUAAAUAUAUGCCAAGGUGCCAGUUUCAGAAAAUGCAGCAUCAGAUUCUUCCCACUGAACAAGAAUCUUUUUUUUGUCUCUUUAGGAGUGAGUGCUCCAAACCUGAACAACUGGUUGUUACCUUUGCAGCUGGGUACAUCGGUAAGUUUUCCACUAAUUAAUCAGCAGCAUGUAGCAAAGGUGAAUUGCAAUGGCCAAAAUAUUUCUCCUUGUGUAGAGGGAGGACAUGUUUGGCUGGCAUUUUUCAAUGCCCUGAAUUUAGAGUCCAUCUGAGAUAAUGGUGAAAGAAUUUAACCCCAGGGAUCAGAUGGAUUGAAACCGCUGCAAACCACUCUGGACUGAAAAGCACACACUUCCAAAACUCUUCUUGAACUCUAAAAACCCAGCUUUUGCAUAGUUCCACAUGAACACGCUCUUGUAAGACUUGCUGCUGACAAGAAAUGCCCGCUAAGCCGUGACAUUAAACUUUGUUCCUCCGUCUUUUCACUGAGUUUUACUGCUAGGCACUUGUAAUCGUGUGUUCCUUGCUAUUUUUGCUUUGUAUUUAAUGAUAUUGCUGGCUUGUUAUUUCGUUAGCUGGUGUAUUCUGCGCGGUCGUGUCUCACCCUGCUGAUACUGUGGUGUCCAAGUUGAACAAUGACGUCGGAAGCACACCCAUCCAAGCUGCGCGUGAGCUGGGAAUGAAAGGUACGAUUUCCUUUUUCUAAUGUGAAGCCAAAACCAAAAUAAUCGAAAAAGCCAAUCAGAACAUAGAAAAAUAUCUCAAGCAGCCAAUAAGAACUCAGAGACUGAGAGUAAAUAGCUUAAGCGCGGGAAAGCGUGAUUGAACAAGUUUUGGUUUGGCUUGUGAUUGGUCAAGAGGAGGGGGACGAGAGUUUUCUCGACCAAUCAGUGGUGUGUAGCAGAACCAAUGAAGUCGCGACUUAAUUUCUUUAUGCAAAAGAAUGUUGAUGUAAUUUUUGUUGUAAUUUUUUUUUGUUGCCACAGGUCUGUGGAAGGGUCUCGGCCCACGUAUCAUCAUGAUCGGUACUCUGACGGCGCUGCAGUGGUUCAUCUACGAUUCAGUGAAAGUGUUCUUCCGUCUUCCGCGUCCCCCACCACCUGAGGAGCCCGAGAGCUUGAAGAAGAAACGACUCUUGAAGCAGCAAGCUGCUUAAAUGGAAAUCAUUUUUCUGUGCCUGGCCAAAAAAUGUGUGAAUGCAACUCAGGAUUAAAACAAAAGUGCAUGUAUUUAAUGGAGAGAAUUGACUGGAUAAGUAUACUGUGAUAAUCGAGUGGACUACGUAAAUCAUUGCAUGUGAAACAAGUUGAGUAAUGCCUGAGAAGUGGUGUUUGCACGAAAAAAAAAAUCAAUAGCUGUACUCUUGUUUGUAUCACCAGUCAGCUGGACUUGACAAUAAAGCUUAUUUUACAACUUGGUUCGCUCUAGUCAAAUUGCGAGUAGUUUCUUUUCUGUUUACAGCGCUUCUCGAGUGAGUGUCGUAAAACAGUAACCGUCCUAAGGAACCCAUAAGAGCUCGAAACGGUAGUUUGCGCGGGAAAACGCGGUUGACCAAGUCGCGUUUGGUUCCAGCUUUGUAUCUGAUUGGGCGAGAUUAUGGCGCAUGGUUUUCUUGACCAAUCACAUAGCGACGUGACCUCGAAGGGAAACUCUCAGUGCAGUACCAUUUGAUUCUCGACACAUCACUGAAAGCGAGAGAUAUGUGAUGUAGACGAGCGAGCGUGUGCAACGAAGGUUAAGCUUUGAUAAAUACGAGCUAACCUUAAUUCUAACUAAUGUAGCGGGAAUAUGAGAGUCGAGCAGUGUCCUCCUGCAUACCGAAUUUUUUGUCCAACUUUAGUGUUUAAAGCACAGUUCAUUACAAACUGAUGG